CUUGAUAGCGUGUCCAGUUUCUAUCCAUCCAGCUCCAAGCAAUACACAGAGCCAAGUGCUAUUGCUAUCUACACUCCCCCAACUCCCCAAGUGAUAGUGCUUGUCUCCACUCAAUUUGGCCCCUACAUUUUCUGCAACUCUUUCUUUGUCACAUUUUGCGACACUUAAACUUCAAUUUCAAUUUCUGGGUUUCAUUCAUUCAUCACUCGCGUUAAACGUGUUCAACCUUUUUUUUACAAGGGAAUAAGGGUACUGGUCAAUUUGUCAUGAUAAUUUGGUAUUUUGCUGGUUCAUAAUUUGGUGGAAUAUGGAAACUGCGUGAUUUUUGUACUAAUUGUGGGAAUUGGGUGUUUGAUUUUGAAGACGGGUAUGGCUUAUCUUGAACACCCAUUUGGAAUUUCUGUUCAAUUUCAUGGAAAUUGUAGAGAUUUUUCCUAUAAACUAGAACCCAGAAGCUUCAGUAAUCAAUCCAAUGUCGAGGUGUAUAGAAUGACUCGAUGUUCAUCUGUAAAUUCCAGCCUUACAUACAAGGGACAUGUGGGAAGAACUCAAGCUCUAGCCAAUAACAGUGACUUUUUCUGGGAAGAAAUGCCUACACCUAUACUUGAUAUGGUUGAGAACCCCAUUAACAUGAAAAAUUUGUCACCUAAGGAGCUAAAACAAUUAUCUGACGAAAUUCGUGGAGAGCUCUCUCUCAUGGUGUCGAAAGGACAGAAAAAUUUAAAAGCUAGUCUGUCAGUGGUGGAAUUGACUGUUGCAGUUCAUUAUGUUUUUCAUGCGCCAGUAGACAAGAUUUUGUGGGAUAUAGGAGAUCAAACAUAUGCGCAUAAGUUACUCACUGGAAGGAGAUCCCUAAUGAGUACUCUUGGACAAAAGAGCGGACUUUCUGGUUAUACAUGCCGUUCUGAGAGUGAAUUUGAUCCCUUUGGUGCAGCUCAUGGAUGCAACAGUAUCUCUGCUGGGCUUGGUUUGGCAGUUGCAAGAGAUAUUAAGGGGAAACGGGAGCGUAUAGUUACUAUUAUCAGCAAUGAAACAACUAGUACUGGUCAGGUCUACGAAGCAAUGAGCAAUGCUGGUUACUUAGAUUCAAACUUGGUGGUGAUCUUAAAUGAUAGUCGUCACUCUUUACAUCAUAAGAGUAAUGUGGAUUCUAGGACACCUAUUACUGCAAUUUCUAGUUCUUGGAGCAAGGUGCAAUCGAGCAAAACUUUCCGAAAAUUCAGAGAAGUUGCUAAGGGUCUUACUAAGAGAGUCGGAAAAGGUUUAUAUGAAUGGGCUGCCAAAGUGGAUGAGUAUGCCCGUGGUAUGCUAGGUCCUACCGGAUCAACUCUCUUCGAAGAGUUAGGACUGUACUACAUUGGUCCAGUUGAUGGAAAUAACGUUGAAGAUCUUAUCUGUGUGCUACAGGAAGUAGCUUCGUUAGAUUCUAUGGGCCCUGUAUUGAUUCAUGUCAUGACAAAUGAAAACAUUGGAGAACCUAAGAAAAUGAGUGAAACAGGGAAAAAUCUUGAUGGAGGCUCAAGUAAUAUUGAUUCAUUGAUAGCUAGACUUGGCCCUCAAACAUACGACCAUUACUUUAUAGAGGCUUUAUCAAUGGAGGCAGAGAAGGACAAGGAUAUAGUUGCAGUUCACGCAGCAAUGAGAAUGGAGCCAUCUAUUGAGUUGUUCCAAGAGAAUUUUCCAGAUAGGUUUUUUGAUGUUGGAAUGGCUGAGCAACAUGCAGUUACAUUUUCUGCUGGUCUAGCCUGUGGAGGACUCAAACCAUUUUGUAUCAUUCCUUCUGCCUACCUGCAGCGAGCUUAUGACCAGAUUGUUCAUGAUGUUGAUAGACAGAAAGUUCCAGUGCGUUUUGCUAUCACAAAUGCAGGAAUGGUAGGGUCUGAUGGACCAGUGUGCUCUGGCUCGUUUGAUGUAACUUUCAUGUCAUGCUUGCCCAACAUGAUUGUUAUGGCACCCUCUGAUGAAUUUGAACUUGCUCGUAUGGUAGUCACUGCAGCACAGAUUGAUGAUCAACCAGUGUGCUUCCGAUAUCCUAGAGGCUCCAUAGUUGGCAUAGAUAUCCCCAUGUGUAGAACGCCAAUUGAGAUUGGCAAGGGUAAAGUCCUCAUCGAAGGUAAAGAUGUUGCUUUAUUAGGAUAUGGAGCCAUGGUUCAGAACUGCCUCAUGGCUCAGUCCCUCCUUUCAAAACUUGGAGUAGAAGUUACCGUUGCUGAUGCAAGGUUCUGCAAGCCCCUUGACAUUAAGCUAGUGAGAGAUCUUUGUGAAAAUCAUGCCUUUCUGAUAACUGUGGAGGAAGGAUCUGUUGGAGGAUUUGGGUCCCAUGUUGCCCAAUUCAUCGCACUUGAUGGGAAGCUUGAUGGAAGAGUUAAGAGCUAGGUGUUUGACUAUACACACUGAUUUUCCUCGCUGAAGAAAGUGAAAGACCAUCUCUGCAUUUAGCUUUAGCUAUUUCCAAGCUUUUGAUGACAUCAAGUUCCAUAACCUACUACACCUGUUUGUCUGCACCCAAUGGGUUAAGCUAUUAACCAUAAUAAGUAAGUAAGAUUGCAAGUUUGAGCCGUGGGAUUAGCAAGCUAGGUUUUAUUUCCUUCUUCUCUCUGCUCCACUAGGACUGUGUGCCGUGCUAUUAUCAUGAGAAGAACUGAUCUGGAAAAAAGAAAAUGGCAUGAUAUGAAUACCGAAGGAAUGUUGUUGUUCUUUCUCAUCUCUACAUCUGUUGUGCAAAUGGCAUGCAUAUCCAAGUUCAAAUGUUAAACAGUGUCCUUAUUUUGAUGAUCUUUGUGACCCUCUUCCUCUUCCUCUUCCUCUUCUUCUUCCAGUGGAGACCAAUUGUAUUACCGGACACCUACAUAGAACAUGCAUCCCCAAACGAACAGCUUACUCGUGCAGGACUGACUGGUCAUCAUAUUGCUGCUACUGUAUUAUCUUUACUUGGUCGAACCCGUGAAGCCCUCCUUUUGAUGUGCUAGAUACUGCUUUUUGGUUCUCAACAAGUUCACCUUCUGGACGAUACAAACAACACAGAAAGAGUUAUAUCGAUCAUUUUGAGCCAUUGAAUCACGAUCAUGUAUUUUGUAAUAUUUGUUCUCAGAUUUUGUUUGUACUGAGCUAAGUUCCUGACUACCUGAAAAAGGAUCAACAUGCCAAAGGCUCUUGGUCUGCUAUGGAGUUGCUUUGCUAGAUGUAUAUCAUCACUCUUGUAAAACGGUCGUCUCUGUUAUAUGAGCCUACUAUUUUUCUCUAUA